ACAGUAAAUUUCGGAACAGAGAUUAUUAAAUUUUCGGAUUAAAGAACCGAGCGAGUGAAAUUAAAAAAAUAAAAAAAUAAAAACUUUGCCAAAAGUUUUUUCCGCUGAGACAAUCCGGCUAAUCGGGAGGAGGAAGUGGAGGAUUCACCGCGGAUCCACAGCAGAACACAGACGGAUCAAAAUGCCAGGUGAGCGCUUGUCUGUAAGAGGCACUCGGGAGGUCGGGCGUUUCCCCGGAGCGCCCCCACCCGUCAGGGUGGAGCUCACCAUUCAGAAAGAGGAGGAGAAGAAAAAGGAGGGCGGCUGUCGCCAGUGGUUCAGGAAGACGUGCCUGUGCUGCUGUAAGCGCCAGAACAGCGACUCCUAUGAUAUUACAGAUAAGGUGGAAUUUUUCAAACCACCGGCUCCGGUCCCAGAGCCCACAAAGCCAAAGCCUGAGAAUGGAGAAGCGCAGGAAAUGGAAGCAAAGAAGCUUUCUGUGAGUUCCGUGGACCUGCUGAGCUCAAAGACGGGCCAGAACAGACAAGAGCACCACACCGACUUGUAUCAGGGGGACGAGCUGAUCAUCCGCAGAGGACAGACAUUCCAGAUAGAGAUGGAGCUCGACAGGCCCUUCAACGCUGACGAUGACCAUUUGCAUCUGGAGCUUAAAACAGGUCCGCUGCCCUUGGUGUCGAAAGGCACCCAUGUCAUCAUCCCACUGGUGGAUGACCUGGAGGACGAGCGCUGGGAGGCCAAGAUCGUAGAGCGGAACGGCAACAAGAUCAAGCUGUCUGUCAACUCGCCGGCCACCGCCGUGAUCGGCCUGUACGGGCUCACCGUGACAACCAGCACGUCGAAGGGCGAGGUGCCGACCAUCCACGACCCCAAGAAGAACAUCACAUUGCUCUUCAACCCUUGGUGUGAGGAGGACGCAGUGUUCUUGGAUAAUGAGGAGGAGGUAAAGGAGUACGUGCUGAAUGACACCGGGAGGAUUUACUACGGGACAGAGAAACAAAUAGGCGCCCGCACAUGGAACUUUGGCCAGUUUAAUGAAGGAAUUCUGGAAGCAUGUCUGUUCAUCCUGGAGAAGAGUGACAUGCCGCCAUCUGGCCGAGGGGAUCCUGUCAAUGUGGUCAGAGUCAUAUCUGCGAUGAUAAACGCUCAGGACGACUUUGGGGUUCUGGUGGGGAACUGGUCCGGGGAUUACUCUGACGGGGUUCCUCCUUCGGCGUGGAGCAGCAGCGUGGAGAUCCUGAGGAAGUACCACUCCUCCGAUGGAACGCCUGUGUCGUAUGGACAGUGCUGGGUCUUCUCUGGGAUCACGACAACGGUGCUGCGGUGUCUGGGCAUACCCGCCCGCAGUGUGACCAACUUCCAGUCCGCUCACGAUACCGACGUAUCCCUCACCACGGAUGUGUAUUUUGAUGAGAACAUGGAGCUGAUCCGCCACCUCAACAGUGACUCUGUCUGGAACUUCCACGUGUGGAAUGACUGCUGGAUGGCGAGAGCAGACCUGCCCCCUGGUUAUGGAGGAUGGCAGGCUGUUGACUCUACUCCCCAGGAAACCAGCCAGGGCACCUUCCGCUGCGGCCCUGCCUCCAUCAACGCCAUCCGCUCCGGCCAAGUCUACCUCAAAAACGACACGCCAUUCGUCUUUGCUGAGGUCAACAGCGAUAAGAUCUUCUGGCAGAGGAACCUGGACGGCACUUUCAGCCAGAUCGGCAGUGAGAAGAAAGCUGUCGGCCACUGCAUCAGCACCAAAGCAGUGGGCUCUGACAAGCGGGCCGACAUCACGCACCUGUACAAACACAAAGAAGGUUCGGAUGAGGAACGCAUCGCCGUGGAGACGGCCAGUCGCUACGGCAGCAAGCCCGAGGUCUACGGCGCGGCGAAAGCGGAGGACGUGAGCGUGGAGGUGAAGAUGGAGGGCGAGGGGCCCAGGAUGGGCGCCGACGCUCACCUGAGCAUCGUGGUGAAGAACCUGAGCUCGCAGCCUCGUCGGACCACUCUGCACAGCCAGGUGGCCGUCAUGUACUACACAGGCGUGCUGAAGGGCACCAUCAGGAAGGAGCAGACACCGGUGGACCUCCUGCCCAAUGAAGAGAAGACCAUUGAGUGGAUGCUGCCCUACCAGCAGUACCAAAACCAGCUGGUGGACCAGGCGGCUCUGAUGCUGACCCUGUGUGGGAGAGUCAAUGAGACCCAGCAAGUAUUAGCGCACCAGACCACCUUCCGGCUCCGUACGCCCAACAUCAACAUCACGCCUUCGGCAGAAGCUUGUGUUGGCAAGGAGAUGUCAGCCAAGAUCACUUUUAUCAACCCUCUACCACGCACACUGGAGGGAGUGAUUUUCAGGGUGGAGGGCCUGGGUCUGCAGGAGGGCCACGAAGUGGUUGUUGGCGAUGUGGCCGGCCACUCUACAGUGACACUGACUGAGCACUUCAUCCCCACCUUGCCUGGAUCCAGGAAGCUGGUGGCGUCCCUUGACUGCAAACAGCUCACGCAGGUGCACGGAGUGGCCGACAUCGUUGUUCUUGAGCAAUGAGAAGCAAGUUCAACGUCCUCUCAUUUGUCCCACAUGAAAUAUGAACAGCCUCUAAUUACAUAAAAAGUGUGACACGUUAUUGUAUAUUAAACAAUGUUUUUGUUUGUACUACAGAAAAAAAGCCUAUUUUAAAACUAGACAAUUAGCAACUGUUGCAUUACCAGUAUUGUGUACCUUUUUUACCUAAACAUAAAUCCACUCUGCCUUGCUCUAAACUGUGGUGAAGUCUGCUGCAGGGUUUAAAAGCAUGUACAGCAGUUUACGUGCUUUGAUUAACAAGCAUUUGUGUAGUGAAGUCAGAAAAGCUGAUUUAGUGGGCCGUCAAAAGACUAAAGAAUGUGAAGGUGCAGAGGCAGGUGAUGAUGAUGUAAGUACUGUAGGUCAUAUGAAGAAAAAUGUCUCCAGACAAGAUGAACCUUUGGGGGCUUACACUGGGGGAUGUUUUUAAAGGGUGUUGGAAUUUACAUUAACAUUGUUCCUAGGAGACAUUUUUACAAUUUCCUUCUUUUUUUUUACCCCAUCACAUUUGACUGAUUUCUGUACCAAUUAUCGAUGCAGAUUUCCCAAACAUUUCUAUCUAGAAGGACAAGGCUAAAAGGUGUUUUUUUAAUCACUGAAUUGGACAAGUAUUACCGCCUCCUUUGUUUGGAAAAGUUAAAAAACUUAAAUCUGAUCAAAAUUCCACCAGAUGUGUGUUUCUCCAUCAUAAGGCAUGUACAAUAACACUGGAGUCAGCUUUGAAGUAUAUCGCAACCUCUCUGCAAAAAUUGCUGUGAAUUCCAGCAAACCAUAUCAGCCCACAGUGGCGUUAAUUCCGCCGAGCUUUACUUGGUCACCUGGCUGUUAACUCGAAGUAUAAUGUGAAGAAAUGUAUUUUAAUAACAUUACACUAUUUAUCUACCAUAUCUACCUGGGAAGUUAUGUUUUUUUUCUGUAUUGUGUGUGUUGUGAUGACAAUAAAAAUAACACUGAAUGUGAUUUCAGACCUCUA